AUGUUCAACUUGGCCGCUUUCUCUUUCCUCCAGCUCUGGCUUGCUGCGCUUGCCUUUGCUGCGCCCAUCGCCGAUGAGGCCAUCAACGUGAAGGGCGCUGAUCCCUGGCAGUACGGAACUGGUGGUGGAAUCGUUGGUUUCAUCGUCCUUGUUCUCGAUAUCCUCGUCUGGAUCGAGGUCCUUCAGUCGAACCGUCCCGUCUCCCACAAGAUCCUCUGGUGUCUCGUUGUCUUCCUCUUUCCCAUUGUCGGAAUGGUUAUCUACUACCUCUUCUCCAACCGCCAGUCGCACAUGCGAAACUCUGGCUACGACCCUGUCCCUUAA